AUGGGAAUGGACAAAAAAAAAAAUGUCGGCUUUGGCUUUCAAAACUCAACUCAUGAGUAUUUGGCAAACCACUUCAAGCUCCAUCAAAUGUUCAUACCCGGAUUUCUAACAUUACUACUUACUAUUUUGGCAUCAGUAGAAGCCAAAAAGAUCAAUUUAUAUAUAAAACCAAUUGAUUCUCCUUCCAAAGGUGAUUCAAUAGGAUUCAUAAACGAUGAUUCAGUAUACUUGAUAGAUUCUACAACAACUUUACAACCUGAUCAAUUCUAUUGUGUGGGAACCAAAGACCUUGACAAUCAUGAAUGUUUUACCCUUAUCAAUGGUGUUGAAUCAUUAAAUGGCACUGUUAUUGAUGCCUUUAUGGAUGAAAAUGGGGUUACGAUAUCACGAUUAUCAUUAAAUUUUGAUGAAUCUUAUAAUAAUAAAUCAAAAUUAAGAAAACACAAGUUUACUACAUCACCAAUUCCUAAUUUGAAUCCUGAUUCAUUAAAGAAACAAAGACAAAAACAAGGAAAUAAAGGUGGUCAAGGAAAUAAUAAACAAGUUGAAAUUAUCAAACAGAAAAAAUUGGUGAAAUAUAUCGAUGAUGAUGGGAAUGAAGCUGAAAAGGAGAUUGAAGAAGAAAUUGUAGUUGAAGUCGAUAACAGAUCUUGGGUACAAAAGAAUUGGAUGUAUAUAGUGCCACCAUUAUUAUUGUUUUUGAUUGUUGGCGGUGGUGAUCAACCCCAACAGUAG